AUGAGGGCUGACCUCAAAAGAAAUAGAGAGGGGAAGAUGGAGCAGAAUCGACGCAAAAAUAGAGAGACCAAACGCAAAAGAUGUAAGUUGAAGAGCAGACUGGUCCAAGUCGGAAGGGAUAUGUAUUUCACAAAGGAGGAGAAGAGGUCCAUGAGGAAGGCAUUCGCGGUCGAAUCAAUGUCGCCUGAAGUAACAGACGACGAGGACGAAUCAAGGAAGGUGUCAAUCCCAUUUCAAUGGGAGUCGUCCAGGAUGACAGAAAUCAAGAGAGAAAUAGACCAAGACUACCGUAAAGCCUUGACAGCCCAGUCACGCAGACAGAAGGCUUCCGUCAACAGGAGCUCUACUCAAGUAAUGAGAACAUCUCCUCCCAAAGAAAUUCCCAGCUGA